UUACAUGAAUUUCAGUGGGUGGCGCUCCCUCUCAGUGUUCGGUGUUCAGUUUGUUUUAGUUUAAUAUGACACAAUGGCCGUGUCUUACAAACAUAUCGAGCUCUUCAGUUCUAAACAGCAUUUUUGGUCAUUACAUGCGCGUUCCAAACCGACCGAGUGAACUAGGUAGGCAGCUCACUAGGUUUUGAAACACCGUCCGUGUCUAUGCAGGGGACGGCUGUCUGGGCUAACAGGAACCGAGUGAGAUUAUUUAUCUGUCGCAAACUAGCAGCACUCUAUGGUCCAAAUCCUGGCUUUUGUUGCAAUUGCCAGGCAUGCGGAUCAGGCUGCAGGGCUCUGGCCAUGCGGCCCGUCUCCUCUCCGAGCUCAACCGCUGCCGUCUGUCUCGCCUCCUGUGCGACGUCGUCCUCCAGGUCGGAGGCCGUUCCUUCCCGGCUCACCGUGUGGUGUUGGCAUGCUCUUGCACGCACUUUAACAGCCUUUUCUCCAGAGGUUCCGGCAACCACGGUGCCGUUCCCACCACCUUCUCUCUGGACUUCGUCUCUGCUGCCAAUUUCGAGAAGGUCUUGACUUUUAUCUACACGGGUGAGAUAUUCACAGACUUGAUCGAUGUGGGUGUGCUUUAUGAGUUGGCGGAAAGGCUUGGCGUGAGGGAGUUAGUGAACGCUUGCCAUGCCACUUUUCCUGACCUUCAGAGCUCCAGCUCUGGAGAUGCGGUUCCCGAAGGAGAUUUGGAAAACGAUAUGGUGUCGGUCAAUGCUGUGGCUGCGUCCGUUUGCUCAUCCUCUGCGGCGUCCUGCUCUUCGUUGUCUUCUUCAGCCGCUCCUACUCCUGUAACUCCAUCUCCGGUUUCUCAAGGCAGGAACGGCCGAUUGAAUCGGUCACAAUUGGCCACCCAUUCGCCAAAAAAUGAAGACUUGCAGGUACAUUUGGGAUACGAUCAGCAGGUCACCAACAAGCCGAGUCCUUCGGACAGUAACCGUUCUGCAGAUGCUCUUCCUGGCCUGACAUUGCAGCUCAAGACUGAGCAGGAAGAUGAAGGAGAAGAUACAGGAAGCAACUCAGUAGACCAGCUUGUUGUUAAUGGUAGCAAAUCAACGUUUGGGUCUCAGGAACCAUGUUCCGUCCCUGAUUCUUCAGCCCAGAUUGGAGGGGAAACCUGCGCCCCUUCGUCGUCCUCUAAUGACCCCUUGGACAAUUUGCAACUGGGGGCUGUUGCAGGACCAAUCAAAGAAUCAGAUUUUUUUGCGGACGAUCAUUCUAGGAAGAGGCACCGAUUACAGGAAGAGCAAACGGAGGGUGGCGAUCAGUGGCGAGGACUUUCAGAAGACAUCAUUGAGUUGAGCGACGAGGAGGAGCACUUCAUUGUAGAAGAAGAGGACGACGAGGACUUGAUGUGCAUAGAGAAUGGAGAAAACGGGGCGUCACUCGGGCAGUUGGCAUCAUCGCAGCCAUGCAAAUCAUGCGGGAUGCUGCUUCCGGCAGAAAACGCUGUCAUACGAAGUCACGCUGAGACACACCUCUCGGAAUCAGGUUCAUGCCAGGUGUGUGGUGCCUCCUUCUCGGACCGUACUGCUGCUGUUGCUCACGCCCUCACACAUGUUGGUAUCUUGCUGUUCUCCUGCGACGUUUGCGAGCAUCAAUUUCGGACUGAAUCCGCACUGAUUCACCACAGGCGUCAGUCCGCUGCCAAGUGUGCUCCUCAAAAUCCAGAUCAAGUGAAUGGAACCUCCCAACGACAAGGAGGGGAACUGCAAUGCACUAUCUGUGCUAAAUCCAUGAUGAAUGAUUUUAAGACUGUCAGGGACCACAUUCAAAGCCACGCGUGCUUGAGGACAUUACGUUGUGGAGUGUGCCAGCUGUCUCAACCCUCUCAAUGCGCCCUCCUGUGGCACACACUGACGCACCUCUUUCCUAUUUACACUUGUCCACAAUGCGCCAGCCCCUUCCUGGAGAGCGCGCUGCUGGAAAGACACCUGUCUCUACACACGGAGGAAGGUGUGACGGUGAAACAGGAUGACGGCAGCCCAGAGACGAGUGGAGAAGGCCAGGCCGAGCUGCGCUGCUUCCUGUGUCCGCAGACCUUCCGCUCGGAAACCGCGUUUCAUUACCAUCUCAGCGUGCAUUCGAACGAGCUCCAGGGCAGCCAGGCAUGGCCGGCCAAACGCAAGGCGGACCAGCUCCUCGAAUUCUCCUCAUCCUCGUCCUCGCCUAUGGAGGCGAGCGGCUCGGGUAAACCAGGUUACAACUUAAACCUAGGCUUCAACCUGCAGGACAAAAUGCCUCACGGCGGCGCCCCGUUCCCUGCCGGACUCGUACUGAACGGCAACUCCGGUGGCGGAACGGGGCUUAGAGAAAAACUGUAUCGCUGUCGUUAUUGCGGGAAGCAUUUUGCACACUCAGGUGAGUUCACCUACCACCUCCGCAUCCACACGGGCGAGAAGCCUUACCAGUGUAAAGUAUGCCUGCGUUUUUUCCGUGGCCGUUCCACUAUGAUAUGUCACCUAAAGACACAUUCGGGCGCCCUCAUGUAUCGCUGCACCGUCUGCGGCUUGUUUUUCUCCACGCUCAAGAUGGUUUCCUCGCACAUGGAGCUGCACAAAGACCAGCUGCCGCCUGAUUUUAACAUCGAGGAGACCUUUAUGUAUAACGACCACUCUAAAGAGCCCGUCCCCAACAUGGACACCUGAAAGUCGCCCUCUCUGAACGCUCCGUCACACUGUGUGCCCCCGUUUACUUACUCUGUAUGUUGUAAAGGAAAAGUGACAGUAGUCUUAGAAUGUAAUUAAGUGUUAAAUGUGAUCGUCUUCAUGUCGUUGUGUACAGAAUGAGAGUGGUUCUUGUUUUUUAAAGACUAAAUUAAAGGUAAAACUUUAUUUUAAUGUAGUGAUGAUACUUGACCACUUGAUGGCAAGAGAGACUGAGCAAGGUUGCACUGCCAAUCAAACGUUUGGACACACCUACUUAUUAUUAUUAUUUUAUUUCUUUUUACAUUUUAGAGUAAAAAUAAAGUCAUCAAAGCUAUGAAAUAACAAAAAAUAAACAUUUUAUAUUUUAGCUUUUUCAAGCCUUUGCCAAGAACGUCAUGAGACACAGUGUUUGAACAUUAUUAAAGAAGUUUACAUGUGUGCUGAGCACUUUUUGGCUGCUUUUCAGUCAUUAUGUGGUUUAGCUCAUUUAUUUAAAACUAAAAUUUAGUUUUGUAAAGAAAUUCUUGCACAGACAGUUAUAUUUGUCUUCAAAGUCAGUUUCAACCAUUUACAAUUGAGGUCAAAAGUUUACAUACACCUUCCAGAACCUGCAAAAUGUUAAUUAUUUUACCAAAAUAUGAGGGAUCAUACAAAAUGCAUGUUAUUUUUUUAUUUAGUACUGCCCUGAAUAAGAUAUUUCACAUAAGAUGUAAGUUUACAGAUGUCCACAAGAGUAAAUAAUAGUCAAAUUUAUAAAAAUGACCACAUUCAAAAGUUUACAUACACUUGAUUCUUAAUAUUGUGUUGUUACCUGAAUGAUCCACAGCUGUGUUUUUUGUUCAGUGAUAGUUGUUCGUGAAUCCCUUGUUUGUCCUGAACAGUUAAAUUGCCUGCUGUUCUUCAGAAAAGUCCCUCAGUUGUCCCACAAUUUUGAGAUCCAUCUUUUCACACUGAGGACAACUGAGGGACUCAUAUACAACUAUUACAGAAGGUUCAAGCGCUCACUGAUGCUCCAGAAGGGAAAACGAUGCAAUAAGAGCCGGGGGGUGAAAACUUUUGAAUUUUAAGACCAGGGUAAAAUUUAACUUAUUUUGUCUUCUGAGGAACAUGUAGAUAUCUUCUGUAACUUCUGAAGGGAAGUACUAAAUGAAAAAAAUAUGAUAUUUAGGCAAAAUAAGAAAAAUGUACACAUCCUCAUUUUGUUCAAAAGUUUUCACCCCCUGGCUCUUAAUGCACCAUUUUUCCUUCUGAAGCAUUAGUGUGCAUUUGAACCUUCUGUAAUAGUUACAUAUGAGUCCCUCAGUUGUCCUCAGUGUGAAAAGAUGGAUCUCAAAAUCAUACAGUCAUGGUUGAAAAGGAUUCAAACACACAAAAAUUCGGAAAAACCAAAGAAUCUGUCGGACCUGAAGGAGUUUUCACUCCAUCACUACACAAACAAACAAAAAAAAAAACACAGCUGUGGAUCAUUCAACAACACAGUAUUAAGAAUCAGGUGUAUGUAAACUUUUGAACAGGGUAAUUUUUAUAAUUUCAACUAUUAUUUUCUCUUGUGGACUGUAUGUAAACAGCUUUUAUGCUAAAUAUCUUAUUCAGGGCAGUAUUAAAUAAAAACAUAACAUGCAUUUUGUAUGACCCCUCUUAUUUUGUUAAAAUAAUUAACAUUUUGCAAAUUCCGCAAGGUGUAUGUAAACCUUUUAUUCCAACUGUAAGCAUAAACAUGUAGAUCAGAUUUUUUGCCAACAAAUUUAGUCGUGUCCAAGCUUUUGAUUUGUAGUGUUUUAAUUAACUAUGUCAUUUUUAACGGGA